GAGUGUCGCAUGGACAUCACCGUUCACCAAAGGGUGUCACAAAGACUGAGCUGUUGAACUGAGAGGGCCUAAUACUACACCGAAGAUGAAUCUCAUGACAGUAGCUUUAGCCUUUAUCCUGUCUGUUUUGACAGUCUAUGCUGCCAAAUCAUGUGACAAUGAUGAUGACUGUAAGCCUGGAUCUAAAUGUAAUGAUGCCACUGGCCUGUGUGCAAAACCUUGUGACAAUGAUGAGGACUGCAAGCGUGCAUUUAACUGCAAUAAUGCCACUGGCUUUUGUGCAAGACCAUGUGACAAUGACGGGGAGUGUAAGCUUGGAUUUUAUUGCCCUAAAACUAACUUCUGUGAGAAGCAGGUUUUUCCAGGUGAUAUAUGUGAAACGAACCGCCAUUGCAAGGGAGCUUCAACCUGUGAAAACACAACAGACAGUGCACCAGAAGUGAAAGUAUGUACUGAGAGAUGCAGAACAGAUGUUGACUGCGAGCAGUAUGGUAAAAAAUCCGGUAAAGGAAAACCCGGUAAAGGAAAACCCAAAUUAAAGUACUGUACUACUGGUGGGCUGGCAUCACUAGAGAAAGGGUACUGUGUGCCAACAAAAGAAGAAGGAGAGGACUGCAACAGGAGCCCAGAAUGUGAAGGCAAACUUUUCUGUAAACAUGGCACGUGUUUAGAGGCAGCAGAAGCUGUUACGUGUGAACUUGAUUGUAAUGGUCCAAGAGAGAAGAACCCAAAACAUAUUAAACCAGGAGAAACAGUGAAUGUCACUUACUCAUGUACCUUUGUGAGGAGGGGAGAGUUUGGACCACUGCCCAUCAAAGCAUCUUUGCUUCUUAACAAGAAGACCAAGAUUGGACAAGCCCAAGGAGAAUCUCCAGUGACAAUCAGUGGUUCAAGACUAAUGAACGACACAAGAACGGGGGAAUUUUCAGCAGAAAUACACGGGAUCAUGAAAAGAUGUAGAAACCAUCGUAAAAUAUGCAGAGCAUCGAGGCGAUGUAUACUGAAAGCUUGA